GAAAAAUAAUUAAUUCAUAUCAAUCAUAUCUUUGUUUAUUUUUUUUGACAAUAUAGUGACAUCUGGUCAUAGUUUGUACAAUCGGAAGUCAACUUUACGCAAAAGUAGGUUGUCGGAUCCCAUUAAUAGAAAUCGCAGCCAUCUUGACUAAUGUUAACUUCAUUUCUAAGUGUCACCCCCCUGGUUCAGCAAGUAUUUUCUAUAACAAGAUGUAUUUUUUCCGCAAAGAUAUUUGGCACUUCUUGGUGCAGAAUUCAAUAAACUUUAAUGUUGUCUUACACCAUAUUAUCAUCGAGAACGUAGAUUUAGAGUAAAGGCGAAUUUCUGGAAAAGGCCAGGAUGGUCCACAUCUCCAAAAUGGCUGUGAUUCCUCGAGGUCCCUAAAUGUCAAAUGGUCAAAACUGUUCCAGAGAUUUUGAGGUUAGCCCUAUUCCGAUUGUACGCUGAUAUAAAUAAACAGAAAAUUGGUAUUAUUUUAUUUCAUUACAAUAAAUUCGAUAUAAAAUAUAAUUCAAAACAAAUGUAUAAAGGUCAGCAAUGAAAACCGUUAUUCGCUUAUCGCACAUUUCUUAAAAAAAACUUCGAUGUUUGUGGACAUAAGUAGGUGUAUAGUUUAGAAGAAGAAAUUACAAUUUGAAUAAGGAAAUUUCAAUGUAAAGAUUUCAUGGGACUAUUAAUAAAACACAGUUUAGUAGGAUGUACAAUUCUGAUGUUGUUCGAGGGAGUUGAACCACUUCGCAGAGCAACUGUAAAAACCCCACUGCGACAGACCCCACGAUGGCAGCCGACCAUGCCACGGCCAGUCCCAUGGGCGAAGCGCAUGUCCGAGUACAAUUGCCAUUUAUGGAAGACUUGCUUGCAAGGCGGACCGCAAGCCUGUGCGUGGGACGAAAGGUGGUUAUUUCUGGCUUGGUUUCGGGACAUUUGCGCAAUGUAUCAAGUCAACUGCGAAUCUAACGGAAGACACGCAUAUAUCAUUCAAAACAACGCGGUCUGCAAAAUGAAGAGUGAAUUCAUUGGUUCGAACAAGCAAAUAAGCGAAACCGACCUGCCCACGAUCCAAACUACGGCGACGCAACGACUACACGGCAUUAACAGGACGAAGGAGUGGUGGUGGGACGGAUCCACUACCAACCAAUAUCAAUACCUUAACGGGCUAGAAGUAGACAGGGGAAAAUAGCCGCUUGAAAACUUUAAGCUCGUGUGGCGAAUAAAAAAGAAUUAUUGCGCAAUUACUAUAUUUUUAAAACCCUCGCGGAUGUUUAAUUUUAAUUUCUUAAAAUCCAUAGACUGGUAAAUAUUUGCUAGACUCUGUAACUUAAUCUCGAGAAUACAGUGAAAUUCUUUAUUA